AUGUUGUUCCAACUGGGAGGUCUGCUUCGGCAGCCUGGCAUUCCCAUUACCGUCGUCGUCCUCGGGGCUCUCAUCAGCUAUGUCGUCUAUCAACGAUACCUCCACCCUCUCGCCAAGUACCCUGGGCCGUUCUGGGCGAGCAUGACCAACUUCUGGAAGUUUUAUCACUAUUCGACGUACAAGUUGCCCGAUACAAUGGUCAAGAUCCACGAGAAGUAUGGGCCGGUGGUGAGGAUUGGACCGAAUGAUUUGAACUUCAACGGUGCCCGCGCCAUUGCACCCAUCUACCGCGUGGGACGGAAAAUGCCCAAGGGGAUCUUUUACAGUGCCUUUACUUCAUUUGUGCCCAACCUCUUUGGCACCACCGACGAGGCACUACAUUCUCUCCGUCGCCGACAGUUGGCUCAUGCAUUUUCCGUGUCCGCGCUCAAGUCCAUGGAGGUCAUCUUUAACGAGCAUAUUGGCAACCUGGUCCACAAGGUCGACGACCAUGCUCAAUCCGGACACGUCAUGGACCUGAAGGAAGCCUUCAGUUACUACGCCUACGACGUCACGGGUCACCUCGCAUUCAACCAGUCGUUCAACACACAGAACCAAAGCGAUCCGGACCUCCUUCCUCCACUGUGGGGGCAUUUCUUCUUGGGCAAUCUGUACGGCAGCGUUGCCCACCUUCUCCCGUGGAUCCGCGACUGGACAUCGUGGCACCCUUUCGUCAAGAAGAUGAUCCAGAAUCGAAUCCAACUGCGCACCCAGGCUGCUGUGUGUGUGGAACGAGCCAUCUCCAACCACAAGGAGGGCGAAACCGUGCGAUCUCUCAUCACGAGCCUGAUCGACGCCGAGGAUCCCGCGACCGGCGCCAAACUCUCGCAGGAUGAGAUCAAUUCGGAAGCCUUCGGUUUUCUAGUGGCCGGAUCCCACACCACGAGUUCGUCGUUGACGGUGUUGUUCUACUAUCUCACCCACAACCCCGAGAUCUACGCGAAAAUGGUCCAGGAGAUCGACGAACAGCUCGUGGAUGACAAGGAGGUCUACGACUUUGUCGGCCUCGAGACGGCAUUGCCAUACAGCUUGGCCGUUCUCCGCGAAAGCUUCCGCAUGAGCCCCGUCGCCGCGCUGUUGCUCCCGCGUCGAGUCACCGAGCCGACGGGUUCGUUGAUCGAUGGCGAGUUGAUUCCUCCGGGGGUCAACUGCUCCAUGGUGAGCACCAGCGUCCAUCACAACCCCGACAUCUGGGGGCCGGACCACAACCGCUUCGACCCCGACCGGUUCUACCCCGGUACCAAGCUCUACGACGCCUCCUUCGCCACGAACCUCAUGCAUUUCGGCCAGGGUCACCGGCAAUGUAUCGGCAGGAACAUCGGGAUGAUCUCCAUCUGGAAGAUCGCCAUCACGAUGCUGAAGAAGUAUCGCUUCGAGGCCGUGGACAGAGGCGACGUCCUGGAGAUGAUUCAUACCGGUGCCGCGGACAAGAAAGGUCCCCUCCUGGUCAAGAUCACACGCCGAUAG